AUGAGACCUCUUAAAAUUGGUUCUAAAGAGAGAGCAGGAGAGGAAUGGAAUAUAAGCGAAUUAAUAGAAAAGAAAGAGUUGAAGAAGCCAGAAAAUUAUAUAAGCUACCAAAAUAGCGAAGGAACUAGUAGCAUUAGAUUCUUGAACUAUAAAUCCGCAGCCGUAGACGAAAUAGAACCUCUUUUGUCAGAAGCAGAGAGUAGUGAUAGUAGGAAUAAAGGAGUAAAAGAAUGCAUGGAAAAGGCAGACUUAGAAGAUGAAUUAAAACAUUGGGAAGAAAAAUUAAAACACAUAAACUGGGAAUAUAAUAAUUCAAUGACAUCAGAUUGGCCUAAAAUAAGAGAAAGAGAAUUAUUCUUUAUUAGAGAAAUUUCGAGAAUAAAAAGGUUAAUAAAGGAUAAAAAACCAGUCAUUAGUAACCCAAUGGUGCCAAAGAUUAAUAUUAAACGCGAAGAAAAUACCGAUAUUAAGAAUAAAGCCGAAAGUCAUAAAGAGAAAGCCAUAAGUGAAGACGAUCAAUGGGAUAUCAAUAAUAAGCUAUUAUUAGAAAGUUAUGAAGAAGAAGAAGAACCAUGGGAUGAAUAUGACGAUAAAAAUUAUAUUGAUUCCGAGCAAAAUGCUGAUUUUAUAAACUCAUUAGAUGACGAAAGUCUACAUAAUUUAGAAAAUGCGAUGGAAGCCAUGGAAGUAGAUUUAGGUGGUCAUAAAAGAAGAAGAGGAUAUGGCGAGUCUUCUGUAAAAAGAGAAGGAGAAAGAGAGAGACCUACUCGAUCUGCUGGAAAAUGGCCUCCUGAAAAAGAUGAUUAUCAACCUACAUAUAUUCCUGGACAAUAUACAUUUAUGGGUUCUAAAAGAAGAGGUUUUGAAAAAGUAGUGCAGUUCCAAAACUCUAGGAAUGACGGUGCAAUUCUGAAUUUAGCAGCCCAUGACCCUGUAGAUAGGCCGAAUAUAAUUAGUGUUUGGAAAGGAUUAAUAGUCCAAAAAUAUAUACAAAAUCAAUAUAAUAUAGGGAAUAAGGUGGAAGAUAUGAUAACAUAUCUUGAAACAUUUUUGGGAGAAUCAGUAAAAAUAUUAUGGGAACAAUGGGUAGAGACAUAUCCAGACCAAUACGAAGAACUAAAAAGAGCUGGAAGUAAUCCUAAUAACUUUGCUAAUGUCAUAUCAAAUAUGGUCAUAGCAGAAGAUCCAGAAUUGGGUCAUACCACAUUGCAAAAUGAAAGGUUGAGAGAAAUAGAAAAAUUAACUUUAACAAGUUGGAAAGGUAUAAAGGAAUUUUCUCAACAUUAUUUAUACAAUGCUACCACAGCUAAGCAAGGCUACAAUAAAGGUGUGGUUGAAAGGUAUUUUAAUAAGUUACCAGAUCCAUUAGGAUCAAUAAUAUUUGAAGAAUAUAAGAAAGAUACUGCGGGCAUAGACAUAAAUAUAUCUCAAGCUAUAACUUUCGUGUUUAAACAUCUUAGAAAGGUAUGUACAAGUAUACAGGACCAGAGGUCUAUGAAGAAAUUCAAUUAUAAUUUCUGCAAUAAAAUCAUCCAAAUACCACUAACAUAUGGCGAAGAAAGACACAAGAGUAAGAAAUAUUAUAAAACACAAAGAGAUAAUAGAAAUUUUAGAACAAAGAAAAGAUAUUUCUUACGAAGAUCAGAUAAUAAAGCCCCAUUCUUGCAUAAAAGAAAUGUUAGAAGAUAUAAUCCUAGAAAAUCAUAUAAUAAAACAUGUAGAUGUUUCAUAUGCAAUUCACCUGAUCAUUUAAGUAAUACUUUCCCUAAUAAAGAUCAGAAAAGGUACUCUAGUAAAUAUGAAGAGCAAGAGAGAGUAUUAAUUAUAGAUAGUGUUAAUGAGAAUAUACUAGUAUGUGAUGAUGAAAUAAAAGAUGACGAGUCAAUAUACUCCAUCAUAGAAACAAAUGAAAUAGAAAAUGAAGAGCUAGAAGAAGAAUCUAGUGAAGAUGAAAUAGAUUUAAUAGAUGAUCUAUCAGGAUUAAAAGUAGAGAUGAUGAACCAGGUAGAUUGUGAACAUGAUUGGAUUAGGGGAAAAGGAGAUUAUAAUAUAAAAUGUGCCUUUUGCAUAUAUUACCCCAGCCAAGAGAAUAGGUAUACAUGUAGUUUAUGCUUAAUACAAGCUUGUAACUCAUGCCUAAAAUCUACGAAUCAAAGGUGGAGACAAGAAAUAUAAUAUGAACCUGAAGAUAGAAUAUUAUCUAGCAGAGUUAGAAAUCUAGAAAUAGACUAAAUAAGUUAGAGGCAGAACUAGAGGAUCUAAAAUCUAACUUAGAAAACAAAGCAAAUACAGAGGAAGAGAACAUUGUAGUUGAAGGCACUGAAAUGAAAGAGCAAAUGAUAACAGUAAGAGAUAAAAAUGGAGAUAGAUUAAUUCAAUUAAGAGAUGCCAUAACCAACUUUGGAAAUAAAUAUAUAGUGUGGUUGCCAUUUAAAGAAGUUCUAGGAAUAAGGAUUCCGGUUAGAAUAGUAUUAAAACCAAAUAUUUCCUAUAAGAUUUAGCCUUAUUAGAUACAGGGUGCACAAAAAAUAUCAUUCAUGACAAGUACUUCGUUAAGUGUCCUGAAAUAGUAAAAACUAUAGAUGAUAAUAAAGCUGAGGUAUCUACAGAUAUGUCAGGUAUAAAGAAAAUCCAUAACCAGUUAGCAUAUAACAUAGAAACAUAUAUUAAUGGUACAAAAUAUAUAAUAGACAAAAUCACACUUAGAGAUUUAUCAGUAAUAAAUGAUGACAUGAUAUUAGGAUUAAGAUUUUUACAACAUUCUCUCCAAACCACUAUUAUACAUGAAGAAGGUGUUAUAUUUGUCCCGUAUCAAGAUAAUGUCCCAUACAUAUCUGAAGUACGAAAACAAAGAAAGGUUGUACAACUAGCUGAAAUAUCCAACACAAAAGAUGAAUAUGAUACUACAACAGAAUCCCCUAAAACCUGCAAUGAAGAAGAUCUUAGUGAAGCUAUAGAAGAAUAUCAUAUAGAAAAUACUUCCACAGAGUGCAUAGGACUACAAUCAUUUGCACCAAAUUGGUAUAGAGAUAUAAAGUCCAAAAAGGAUAUAGACAAGAUUGUGCAAAGGUUAGAAGAUAUACAAAUUAUAGGAGAAAUACCAAUGAAACAUUGGGACAAGAACUCCAUAAUUUGUAAGAUAAACAUCAUAAACCCAGAUUAUAUAAUCAAAUCAGGCCCAAUAGAAGCUACACCAAAAGAUAUAGAGGAAUUUAAGAUGCAUAUUGAAGAAUUGUUAAAAUUAAGAGCAAUCAGAGAGAGCAAAAGUCCUCACCGUUCAGCUGCAUUUAUAGUUAGAAAUCAUGCUGAAGAAGCUAGGGGUAAGUCUAGGAUGGUAAUUAAUUUUAAAAGACUUUAAUACAGUAGAUGAUGCCUACAAUAUACCUAAUAAACAAGAAUGGAUAAAUAGAAUCCAAGGGAGCAAAUAUUUUUCAAAGCUUGACUUAAAAGCAGGAUUCUGGCAAGUAAAGAUGGCAGAGGAAUCCAUUCCUUGGACAACUUUAACUUGUCCACUAGGCCAUUAUGAAUGGCUAGUAAUUCCAUUGGGUAUAAAGAAUGCACCUGCAUUAUUUCAAAGAAAAAUGCAGAACAUAUUCAAUGAGAAUCAAGCAUUUAUAUUGGUAUACGUAGAUGAUUUGCUGGUCUUCUCAAAAUCAUAUAAAGAGCAUAUAGCUCAUCUUGAAGUCUUCUUUAGAAAGAUAGAACAAAAUGGACUCAUACUAUCUAAAAUGAAAAUGGAAAUUUGUAGAGAGAAAAUAAAUUUCCUUGGUCAUGAAAUAGGAGAAGGAAAAAUAUAUUUACAAGAACAUAUUGCAAAGAAAACUUUGCAAUUCCCUGAUAAUCUGAGUGAUAAAAAGAUAUUGCAGCAAUUCUUAGGAAUUGGAAAUUAUGCCAGGAAUUAUAUAGAUAACCUAGCAAAGCUUGCUGGACCUUUAUAUGCUAAAUUAAGAAAGAAUGGUCAAAGAUAUUUUAACUCACAAGAUAUAAAACUAGUAAGGACCAUUAAAGACAAGGUCAAGAAUUUGAAACCUUUAGAAUUACCAUUUGAAGACUAUUACUUUAUAAUUGAAACCGAUGCCUCUAAAGUAGGUUGGGGAGCUAUAUUAAAGAAAAAACCCAACAAAUAUUCUCCCAAAACUGAGGAGAAAAUAUGUAGAUAUGCUUCAGGAAGUUACAAAUUAAAGACAGUAAAUAAUAUUGAUAGAGAAAUUCUUGCGGUAGUUCACGCAAUUAAUGCUUUUAGAUUAUAUUUUGGAUUUAAGGAAUUUACAGUACGAACAGACUGUGAAGCAAUAUGUAGAUAUUAUAAUCAGAUUAGCAAGAAAAGUUCAACUAGAAGAUGGGUAUUAUUCGAAGAUACUAUAGCAGGGAAUGGAUAUAAAGUAAUAUUUGAACAUAUCAAAGGUAAAGAUAAUAGUUUGCCUGACAUAUUCUCUCGCUCCUCAAUUUUAUAGCAAUGAAGAAAGGAUCACUUCCUGGAGGACAUGAAGCAUACAUAUUUGGAGAAACGAAUAAGCUCAAAGUAUUUGCACCAGGCACUUGAACUUCAAGCCUAAAAGUCAUAUCAAAAUUAAUGACACCCAGAGGUGCAUAUUGGACAAUUUCUGGUUUCAAUACACCAGAAAAAGAGAAGACCAAGGUUACAUGCUAGCAAUCCUUAAUAGCCUAGCUGAAUACAUUAAUGAAUUAAAUCAAGGCAUCCCCAAAGCGCCACCAAAGGAGAUGCAAAAAGAAAAGACUCUAUAUAUAAUAUUUGAUGGAAAUAAGCCAGGAAUAUAUAUGAGCUAUGAAGAUAUUGUAAAAGAGAAAUUUGAGGCAAGACGGAAGAAAGAAGACUUAACAUGGAAAAAAUAUGAUGAUUACAAUGAGGCCCUAAAAUGGGCAAGAGAACUAAUUGGGCAAGAUUAUUAUAUAGACCCAAAAGCCAAAGAAUAUAUCGAAAGAUGAAGAGGCAUAAGUAGCAAUAUAACCACUCUACCACUUCCUAAAUAUACAAAGGGAGAAGCAUCAAGCUCCCAGAAGGCUAAAGAAGAAGAAUCCCCUAAAUAUGAGACAUACAAAGAAUGCCUUAUCAAAGGAGUUGAUCCUUUGGACGGAGAAUACAUAGAAUUGAAGAUAGAUGAAAAACUUAAAGAAGUUGCAAAGACAAUGAAGGCAGAAUUAAAGGAAGAAAUUUUAAAAGAAUUACGAUCAGAAAUGAACGAAAAUUUUGAAGAGCUAAAGAAAGAAUAUGAUCAAAAAUACGAUUUCACUAUUUCUGAGGCAGACCAUAUGGAUAUUGCCGGGAACAGGCAACCAAUUGAAUAAAAGAAGGAAAGUAAUAAUCAAAUAUACCUGAAUAUGAAUUGAUAUGAAUAUCAAUUAUUCGGGCGCGGAGGACCUAUACCCGAAUAUUGAAAGAACACAAAAUACUGAUAAGGUGUUAUCAAUAAUAUGGGUGGGGUAGACCCAUACCCAUACCCAAAAAAAUUAUGAAAAAAUAAAAAAUGAAAAAAUGAUGGUAGCAAGAAUAAUUAUGCAAGAAGCAGCCAUGCAACAUCCAUAUCAGGAAAGGUCCUCAUUCAAGACAAGACCCUUCAUCCAAGUCGCAGGAAGACAAUAUUCAACCAUGCAUGGAUAACUCAUAGGACGGUGCAUGCAAAAACAAGAGUUACAAUGAAGACAAGAGCUUCAGCCUGGACAAAAUCAUCUGUCAAGACAAAGAUUCCAGUCAAGACAAAAUUCAUGGUCAAGACAAAUAUUCCACUCUAGAAAAAAUUCUCAGUCUGGACAAAGUUCUCAGUCUAGACAAAAAUAUCAGUCUAGCAUCAGAGUCACACAAGGCUUGUUGUCGCAAACACUGAGGCACUUCAGCGGUGCAUAAGGCGUGUCAAGCUACGAGAUACCCCGGCCUCCAGCUAUGACGCAGAAGAAUAAAAGAGGGGAGCAUCCAGCAUCCCUCGCGCACUAUAAAAGGAGGAGGACUGAGCGCGGACACGAAACAACAGUCUACACAACACCAGUCUCCAGAGCAUCGCAAGCACCAGAGCACCACUUCCCUCACCCUCCUUAGUAGUAGUAGUAGUAGCCAUCUCCAGUUUGUAAUAAGCCUUUGAGGCAUUGUAUCAUCCAGUGGUGGAGGUAGGCAGAAGGAAUGAAGAGGAACACACUUGUAGGAGGAAGUGAAAGCUACAUAUCUGGAAAUAACACCAGAAUAAGGAUAUUGCCGCCAAAUACAUUCAAUUUCCAUGUUUAUGAUAUGGAAAGAUGCUUAUUGGAGAUUUAGGACAUAAUCAGAAGACAAGAAAAAGGUUAUAUGCAAUCUAAUAUCAAUAACCGUGCAGUAUAUUUGACACCAAGACCAAUAUAUAUUAUGUUCGAUGGAAUAUCUAUGACAUUGUAAGAAAUACAAAUAAGGCGUGAUGAAAUCAAGUAUGCCGCAAAUUGGGCCAAGAUAAUGAAAGGUUGUUAUUUCGAGUAUCGAGAACUGAUAGAAAGAAUAUAAAUGAAGUAAAUUCUUCAAAAUAUCAAUCAUACACAGAAUGUCUUAUCAAAGGAGUUGAUCCUUUGGACGGAGAAUACAUAGAAUUGAAGAUAGUUGAAAAACUUAAAGAAGUUGCAAAGACAAUGAAGGCAGAAUUGAAGAAAGAAAUUUUAAAAGAAUUAUGAUCAGAAAUGAACAAAAAAUUUGAAGAGCUAAAGAAAGAAUAUGAUCAAAAAUAUGAUUUUACUAUUUCUGAGGCAGACCAUAUGGAUAUUGCCGGGCAUGGGCAACCAAUUGAAUAAAAGAAGGAAAGUAAUAGUCAAAUAUACUCAAAUAUGAAUUGAUAUGAAUAUCAAUUAUUCGGGCGCGGAGGACCUAUACCCGAAUAUUGAAAGAACUCAAAAUAUUGAUAAGGUGUUAAAGAACUAGAAAUAUUGAUAAGGUGUUAUCAAUAAUAUGGGCGGGGUAGACCCAUACCCAUGCCCAAAAAAAUUAAAAAAUAAAUAAAUAAAUAAUGGUAGCAAGAAUAAUUAUGCAAGAAGCAGCCAUGCAACAUCCGUAUCAGGAAAGGUCCUCAUUCAAGACAAUACCCUUCAUCCAAGUUGCAUGAAGACAAUAUUCAACCGUGCAUGGAUAACUCAUAGCACGGUGCAUGCAAGAACAAGAGUUGCAAUGAAGACAAGAGCUUCAGUCUGGACAAAAUCAUCUGUCAAGACAAAGAUUCCAGUCAAGACAAAAGUUCCAGUCAAGACAAAAUUCGCGGUCAAGACAAAUAUUCCAGUCUGGACAAAAUUAUCAGUCUGGACAAAGUUCUCAGUCUAGACAAAAAUAUCAGUCUAGCAUCGGAGUCACGCAAGGCUUGAUGUCGCAAACACUGAGGCACUUCACCGGUGCAUAAGCCGUGUCAAGAUAUGAGAUACCCUGGCCUCCAGCUAAGACGUAGAAGAAUAAAAGAGUGGAGCAUCCAGCAUCCCUCGCGCACUAUAAAAGGAGGAGGACUGAGCGCAGACACAGAACAACAGUCUACACAACACCAGUCUCCAGAGCAUCGCAAGCACCAGAGCACCACUUCCCUCACUCUCCUCAGUAGUAGUAGUAGUAGUAGUAGUAGUAGUAGUAGUAGUAGUAGUAGUAGUAGUAGUAGUAGUAGUAGUAGUAGUAGUAGUAGUAGUAGUAGUAGUAGCCAUCUCCAGUUUGUAAUAAGCCUUUGAGGCAUUGUAUCAUCCAGUGGUGGAGGUAGGCAGAAGGUAGUCCUCUUUUUCUCUUUGUAAUCCCUUUGGGGUCUCCUGAAAGGGAAAUCCGUAUGUAAAUUAUGUUGUCGAAGUGAAGUAGUUUCGGGUUUCACUUGGUUUUUAUAUUAUGAAUUUAUGAAA